AUGGGCGGCGAGUCGCCCGUGGGCGCGGUGGUGAGCGCCGCCGAGGGCGGCGACGGCGUGCAGGAGCCGCCGCCGGUGCCGGCGCCGGCGGACGCGCCGGCGGCGGCGCCGGCGGCGCCGGCGGCGCCGGCGGCCGAGGCGCGCGAGAACGUGGCGGUGGUGGAUCGCACGGCCGGCGUGCAGCAGUGCGAGGAGCUGCGGGGCCUGUCCGUCGCGGAGCAGGCGUGGCGGCUGCCGAAGCCCGUCGUCCGGCCGGUGUUCGAGCCCGGAGACGCGCGCGAGGCCUGCUUCGGCCGGACGACGAAGAACUUGAUCCUCUACGACAAGGAGCCGGCGUGCGCCUCGACGGCGGGGCUGGGCGUCGUGUACAAGACCGCCGCCUUCCAGCCAAAACCCAUGCUCGAGCUCAAGCCGCCGCCCGUCGUGUUCACGCGGGGCGACAAGCUGCGGCUGCUGCGGGGCGGGAAGAUGAUCACGGCGCGCUUCUUCGGCGUCUUCGAGGGCGGCGAGGCCGUGUCGAAGCAGGGCAAGGUGGGGUGGAUGAAGGUUUUGUUGUGCGCCAAAACCAAGGGCACGAUGAUGUGCGCCGGGGCCGACCUCUGCAAGUUCGACGGCAAGGUCGAGCGCCUCGAGCCCACGGGCCAGCCGGGGUCGCCGGAGGCGGACGAGUUCUUCUCGGCGUACGAGACGUGGAAGAAGGGCCUCAUCCCGCGCGCGCGGAAGCGCGUCGAGCCGCCGGACCCCCCGGCGGCGCCCGAGGCGAAGGCCGCGCGGCCGGCGCGCGCGCGCGCGGCCAAGCCGGCGUCGGAGUCGGCGGCCAAGAACUGGAAGAAGGAGCUGGCGCCGGCGCCGUCCUGGACGCACGUCCGGGACAAGCUCAAGGCCGAGGAGGUCCGCGCGGCCUGCGUCGCGUGGGACGUGCCGACGAACGUGAGCCUCCCGGAGAUGAAGCGGCUCCUCUUCGAGGCCAUCGGCGGCCAGAAGAAGUCCCAGCCCACGAACCUGGCGCCCAAGGGCCCCGCCGCCGGGUCCGAGAAGCCGCCGCGGAGCGGCUCCGCGCCGCGCGGCGGCUCCGGCUCGCGGCCGUUCCGGGACCAGCUCUCCCCGGGCCGCCAGGACCGCCGCGGCGGCGACGGCCGGGGCAGCGGCGCCGACGGCGGCUACGGCCGCGACCGCAGCAGCUACGGCCGCGACCGCAGCAGCUACGACGGCGACGGCGACCGCCGCGGCGGCGACGGCCGGGGCAGCGGCGCCCACGGCGGCUACGGCCGCGACGACCGCCGGGAUCGCGACAGCGGCCGGGACAGCUACUCGCGCGGCCCCGUGCCCCGGGGCCGGGACCGCAACGACGACGACCGCGGCAGCUACGGCCCGCCGCCGCACAGCCGCGACAGCUGCGGCUACGACCAGGGCGCCAUGAUCGUCCACGGCGCGGGCCCGGACGCCGCGGCCGCCGCGCCGCCGCUGAGCGGCGACCUCGGCGCGCUCUUCAAGAGCCUCGCGUCGAGCGGGGCGCCGAUCAAGUUCGAGUACCACGCGGCCUGCCGGGGCAUGUACGACGGCGCGACGUUCAACACGGGCCAGCCGGGCUACCAGGGCGCGCCGGACGCCGAGCCCCGCCGGAGCCUGCCCGGCGACUACCAGGGCUCCGGCCGGCAGCCCCUGGGCCCGUCGACGCACCCGCUCCAGCCCAGCGGCCGCAUGGCGUCGCCCUACGACCACGGCUCGGCCCAGUACGACCGCUACGACCGGCGCCCGGGCCACGGGCCGCCGCCGGGCCACGGGCCGCCGCCGGGCCACGGGCCGCCGCCGGGCCACGGGCCGCCGCCGCCGCCCGCCCACUACUACUCCUGA